UAAUGAUCAAACAUUUGGUGAGGGUAUUGCAGAAUAUUCACACAACCUCGUACCCCACACUCUUUCAUUCAGUGUUGUUCUACUUGGAGCGAGAGAGAGAGGUGUAAGAAAUGGGUGUGGGCCGCGACAUAGACGAUCUGCCCAAGAACAACGCCAACCACACUGCCUUGACCCCGCUAUGGUUCUUGGAAAGAGCAGCUCUCGUCCACCCCACCAGAACUUCCGUGGUUCACGGAUCACGGCACUACACGUGGCACCAGACUUACCAGCGCUGCCGUCGAUUCGCUUCUGCACUUUCUAAACAUUCCAUCGGUCUCGGCCACACUGUGGCUGUUAUUGCACCCAACAUUCCAGCCAUUUAUGAAGCUCAUUUUGGAAUUCCAAUGGCAGGAGCUGUGUUGAACACCAUUAACAUUCGUCUAAACGCACCAGCAAUAGCUUUCCUUCUUGCUCAUUCAUCCGCCGUGGCCGUGAUCGUGGAUCAAGAGUUCUUCACCGUGGCGGAAGAGUCCUUGAAAAUCUGGUCCGAGAAAAGCAAAAGCUUUAAGCCUCCAAUUUUAAUUGUCAUAGGUGAUGAUGAAAACUGCCACCCCAAGGCUCUCACACAUGCUUUGGCCAAAGGAGCCGUUGAGUACGAGAAAUUUCUUGUAAGUGGUGACCCUGAAUUCAAGUGGAAGCCUCCUCAGGAUGAGUGGCAGAGCAUUGCUUUGGGUUACACAUCAGGUACCACUGCUAGUCCUAAGGGUGUGGUGUUACACCACCGAGGGGCGUAUCUCAUGUCUCUGAGUGGUGCUCUUCAUUGGGGAAUGAAUGAAGGUGCUGUGUAUCUGUGGACACUUCCCAUGUUUCAUUGUAAUGGCUGGUGCUAUCCUUGGACACUUGCUGCUCUUUGUGGGACAAAUAUUUGUCUCCGGCAGGUAACAGCUAAGGCAGUAUAUGCAGCCAUUGCCAAAUACAAAGUGACUCAUUUCUGUGCAGCACCAGUGGUUCUUAACUCAAUAGUGAAUGCAUCUCCUGAGGAAGCCAUCCUUCCUCUACCCCAUGUUGUACAUGUGAACACUGCUGGUGCUGCUCCUCCUCCAUCUGUAAUUGGUGCCAUGUCCGAACGAGGAUUUCGUGUGACUCACACCUACGGUCUCUCAGAGACUUAUGGCCCCUCCACCAUAUGUGCCUGGAAGCCAGAGUGGGAAUCACUUCCUAUCGAACAGCGAUCCCGGCUCAGCGCAAGGCAAGGGGUUCGGUACAUUGCCCUGGAAGGCCUAGAAGUCAUGAACACAGAAACAAUGAAGCCAGUUCCUGCUGACGGCGCCAGUGUUGGCGAGAUUGUGAUGCGGGGCAAUGCAGUGAUGAAAGGGUACUUAAAGAACCGCAAGGCGAAUAUGGAGGCCUUUGCAGAUGGCUGGUUCCAUUCCGGGGAUCUGGCCGUGAAGCACCCGGACGGAUACAUAGAAAUCAAAGACAGGUCGAAGGACAUAAUCAUCUCCGGUGGUGAAAACAUAAGCAGUGUUGAGGUAGAGAAUGUUCUCUUCUCUCAUCCUGCAGUGCUUGAGGCAUCAGUGGUGGCAAGGCCUGAUGAGAAGUGGGGUGAGUCACCUUGUGCGUUUGUGACACUCAAGCCUGCAGGAGUGGAUGGUGCUGCUUCUACUAAUGAGAAAAUUUUGGCUGAGGACAUAGUUAAGUUCUGUAGGUCCAAGAUGCCUGCUUAUUGGGUUCCUAAAUCGGUUGUGUUUGGACCGUUGCCCAAGACUGCUACUGGCAAGACACAGAAGCAGUUGCUGAGGACGAAGGCAAAGGAGAUGGGGCCUGUUAGGAAGAGCAAGUUGUAACUAUGUCGGUGAUGUCACAUUAUGCUGAUGCUUGUUGCUCUCAAACUGUUCUUAAUGUUGUUUAUCUAUAUCUGUAAUAAAAGGUUGGAGAAUACUAACCAGUGGCUUAAAGAAUUAAAAAGAAAAAAA